UUCCUAUUAUUACAUAAUAGACAUUUUGUACAAUUACUAACUUCUGAAGUUUUCAGGUCUAGCACUUGUGAUCUAUCAACUAACUCUAUACCAAUAUAUGGAAAAAGCUUGUGGACCUGUUGGAAUUGCCAGAAUCACAGGGAUAUUUUCAAUACCACUUUUGCAAAGUUAUCCGUUCAUAGCAAUGUUGUCAGGCAUAUCCUUAUACAUAUUCAUUAGUAUUGGUUCCAUUCUCAAGAAUAUUAUAUCUGUGACAAUUACAACAGGUUUGUUCCUUGUACAAAACAGAGCAGUGGAACAAGAGCAAAGAGGGGCGGCUAAUGGUAUAUCUAUGACAGCUAUGUCUCUAUUCAAAGCUAUUGGACCUGCUGCAGGUGGUUAA